AUGAAAGGUCGUGAUCAUUUACAUCCCAAGCUGUAUCCAUUACCAGUCAUGUCACUACCCGAGACUCUAGAACUUGAACACUUACCAAAAGAUUUAGACUGGUGUGAACGAGGUUUUUGUGUACCUAGUUGGAACCAGCACAUUCCACAGUAUUGUGGCUCUUGUUUUGCCCAUGGCGCUAUGUCAAGUGCACAGGAUCGGAUUAAGAUUUUAAACAAACGUCGCAAUUAUAAAGGAGCAGAUGUAAUGUUAGGUCGACAGAGCUUUCUUAAUUGUGCACCAGGUCAUGGUCUAUCCUCUGGUUGUGAUGGUGGUGAAGCUGCCGAUGUGUACGAAUUCAUGCAUCGCUAUGGUUUACCAGAUGAAUCCUGCUUACCUUACAAUGCAACGGACCAUACAAAGUAUCUCAUGACGAACAAUACGUGUCCACCAGAAGGAUACUGCAUGAACUGUAUGUACACUCCUCAAAGUAGAAAAGAACCACAGUGUUUUCCUGUGACGAAAAUGGUGCGUUACCGUGCCAAAAGCUAUGGUCACUUGUCAGGUGAGUUGGCUAUGAUGAAGGAGAUUAUGAGAGGUGGUCCCAUUACAUGCGGCAUUGCCUGCAGUAAAGGAUUCACCUACGAAUACAAGGCUGGUAUUAUAGAGGAUACAACUGGUUUCAUGGACAUUGAUCACGACGUCGAAGUUGUUGGCUGGGGUGAAGAGGACGGGGUCAAAUACUGGCACGUCCGCAACUCGUGGGGAACGUACUGGGGUAUGAACGGUUUCUUCAAGAUCGUGCGUGGCAAGAACAAUCUUGGUAUUGAGGCGGAUUGUGCCUACAUGGAGCCAGAUAUCAGCGACGAAGAGCUCGUGUGGGAGGAAACGUCGAUCUAUGGUGGUUCCAUAUUCGGUAUCGUUCCGUUUAAGAAUACUGCAAAGGAUCAUCCAAUCACGGACACAGCUGAGGACGUCACACACGGUGAAGACGAGGUUCUAACAGCUUAUUAUCUACCCGAUGAGAUGAAAGCGUUUGCAUCUGAAACCAAGUCUCUUCAUGAAGACAACUCGUUUACAGCGCUUGCACUCAUGUUCUUUGCAUCCGGCUGCGUCUGCGCGACACUCGCUGUGGUGUUCAUUUUGAAAUCCCGCGGUACUCGCUACGUGUACCGAACGAUCUCGUAA